CAGAGAGGCCAUGGCGUCACUGAGGAUGGGAGGAUCUCUGAGGGGAUGACACGGGGCUUCCAAGGGGGUCUCUGACACGGUGACAGGGACACCGGAAGGUCGCUGAGGGGGAUGAAGGGGGGUCCCUGAGGCGGUGACAGAGGAUCUCGGAGAGGGAUCUUAUGGUUCUCCAGCCCAGCUGCUGCCUGCCCAAGACAAUUCCUAGGCCGCCCAACCCAUGAGUGGGCACCGGAGCGUCAAGAGGCGAUGUGGGGAGUCGCACCUGGAGGGCCCUGCAGGCUGUGGCCACGGCCCCAGCGCUGCCUGCGUGCUCAGCAAACUGGUGCAGCUGCCCACGCCGCCCCUGUCCAAGCACCAGCUCAAACGGUUAGAGGAGCACAAAUACCAGAGUGCCGGACGGUCCCUGCUUGAGCCCCUCAUGCAGGGCUACUGGGAAUGGUUAGUUGGAAGAGUUCCAGCCUGGAUUGCCCCCAACCUGAUCACCAUCAUCGGACUGUUAAUAAAUAUAUUUACAACUCUGCUAUUAGUAUGUUACUGCCCAACAGCUACAGAGCAGGCACCUCCCUGGGCAUACAUUGCUUGUGCUUGUGGCCUUUUCAUCUACCAGUCCCUGGAUGCUAUAGAUGGAAAACAAGCAAGAAGGACAAAUAGCAGCACUCCGUUAGGAGAGCUUUUUGAUCAUGGCUGUGAUUCAUUGUCCACAGUCUUUGUGGUUUUGGGAACUUGUAUUGCUGUGCAGCUGGGCACCAACCCUGACUGGAUGUUCUUUUGUUGUUUUGCUGGGACAUUCAUGUUUUACUGCGCGCACUGGCAGACAUACGUCUCGGGGACACUGCGCUUUGGCAUAUUUGAUGUGACAGAGUCCAUGCUCUGCACAGUAGCCAUCCAGCUCCUCACGGGAACGCUGGGGCCCUCAUUCUGGAAUUACACGAUUCCAAUACUGAAUAUUCAGGUGAAAAUAUUCCCAGCUCUUUGUACUGUGGCAGGAACCAUAUUCUCCUGUACAAACUACUUUGGUGUGAUCUUCACGGGUGGAGUUGGCAAAAAUGGAUCCACUAUAGCAGGAACAAGUGUCCUCUCACCUUUUCUCCAUAUUGGCUCAGUGAUCGCCUUGGCUGCAAUGAUCUACAAGAAAUCUGCUGUGCAGCUCUUUGAGAGGCACCCCUGCCUCUACAUCCUGACUUUUGGCUUUGUGUCUGCCAAGAUCACAAAUAAACUGGUGGUUGCCCACAUGACCAAGAGUGAGAUGUAUCUGUAUGACACAGCAUUCAUAGGCCCAGCAUUGCUGUUCCUUGACCAGUAUUUUAACAGCUUUAUUGAUGAGUAUAUUGUCCUCUGGAUUGCCCUGAUCCUGUCCCUGUUUGACCUGCUCCGAUACUGUGUCAGUGUGUGCAACCAGAUCGCUGCCCACCUGCACAUCCACGUGUUCCGCAUCAAGGGCUGCCCCACGCACUCGAACCACCACUAGGGAUGGGAGCUGCCAGAGGGGAAUGGAGAAGGAUUGGGUUUCUACAGGAAUGGAUGAAGACUUGUAGGAGACUAAGGCUAAAAGCAGAUAAGAACAAAGUAAUUUAUAAUAAUCGAUGUUGUAUAACUUUUCUUCUUUGUUAUCAGUAACACUCCUUAACUAGUCUCCUGCCUGAGAGAGUGAAUUCCAAGUACACCCUAGUCAACUUUCCAUGUAGUCAACUCUGUUGGUUCCAAGCCUGGGAAAGCAUGCAGGAAGAAAAUGCUCUGUCUUUGUAAUUACCUUGAUUACAAAUUAAUCUCUAUAUGGUGAAUGGAUCCCCACCAACUGAAGUUUCUAAUGUAGUAUAAUUACAGCUGCAAUCUGACUUGCUUUUAAUUUUAAUAUUUCAUCAUCUCUUAGUGAAAUACUUGUUUAGUGUCCACUUGGAAUUUAUUUACUAAAGACCUGAGCUGGUAAAAACCCAGAGAUAUCUCACUAAGUUGUGUGGCUGCAGCAGCUGCCAGGUGGGAGCCAGGCUGGGGUGGUUUUUGCUCGUGCAUUGCUGACAAAGCAGUUUCAUGCUGAACAGGGUCCUGCGAGCCAAGGGGUGCCCGGCAUGCAAAAUAGUGUGGUAUCUUUGUCAAUUAAUUUUAUUUUUUUAAAUAAACAUUAUCUAAAAAGACAA